UAUAAAAUAUCUGACCCCGCCUCAAAGGCCGCCACACCCGCCAUAACUACUUUACAGAAAUGUCUAGUCUCCAGCUCCACUCCUACUCAAACCUACCCUUAAUUCACACGUGCCAGUGCCACAAAUUCACUCCCUUUAGAUUCCUCUCUAUUCGCCACCGCAACUGUCAAUCUCCUCCGCCAUCCCGUGCCUCUUUUACACGUGCCAGGGCGGUACAAGAAAUGGACGCAGACUCUACUCAAGUAUUGAAGAAAGGCAUAGCGGAACUCUACGACGAGUCGUCUGGUGUAUGGGAAGAUAUAUGGGGAGAUCAUAUGCACCACGGCUUCUACGACCCGGAUGUACAAGUUUCAGGUUCAAUUUUGGAUCAUAGAGCUGCUCAGAUCCGAAUGAUUGAAGAGGCUCUACGUUACGCCGGCGUUUCUGAGGAUCCAAAGCACUGGCCUAAGAAUGUGGUUGAUGUUGGAUGUGGGAUUGGAGGCAGCUCCAGGUACUUGGCAAACAAAUAUGGUGCCAAGUGCCAAGGCAUCUCCCUCAGUCCUGUACAAGUCCAAAGGGCGAAUUCUCUAGCGGCUGCUCAAGGCUUAGCUGACAAGCAGGUUUCUUUUCAAGUAGCAGAUGCUUUAGAGCAACCAUUUCCAGAUGGUCAAUUUGAUUUGGUCUGGUCGAUGGAGAGUGGAGAACAUAUGCCUGACAAAAAGAAGUUUGUUAGUGAAUUGGCUAGAGUUGCAGCCCCGGGUGGCAGAAUUAUCAUAGUAACAUGGUGCCAUAGGAAUCUCAGCCCUUCUGAAGAAUCUUUACAGGAAUGGGAGAAACAGCAUCUGAAGAAGAUAUGUGAUUCUUAUUACCUUCCUGAGUGGUGUUCUGCUGCUGAUUAUGUCCAACUGCUCGAGUCUCUUUCUCUUCAGGAUAUCAAAACAGCAGAUUGGUCUCAGUAUGUCGCGCCAUUUUGGCCAGCAGUGAUUCGCUCAGCAUUGACAUGGAAGGGCUUGACAUCACUAUUGCGCAGUGGUUUAAAAACCAUUAGGGGAGCACUGGUGAUGCCAUUGAUGAUCCAAGGAUACAAGAAGGGUCUCAUUAAGUUUGCCAUCAUUACAUGUCGAAAGCCUGAAUAAGAUUUACCUAUUGCAGCAAUAGCCAGAACAAAAGGAUUUGAUUAGAAAUAAAUCAUUCGCUUGUUUGGUUCAUAAAAAUACAGAAAUAUAUGGAAUUAGGAGGAAAUUGAAUUAUUAUUUCUAGUUUUUAAUUAAAUAUGUAAUAACUAUUUCAUAAAAUUUUAAACUUGCAACAAUAAGAUGUGUGAUUGUUUGUCGUAUA